GGCGUAGGGAGACCUACUUCAGCAGGUCCUGGCCGGACCACCAUUGUUAACGGCUGCGGUUCCAAGUGGCUGUGGGUAUUGCUGCGGCUGGCGCGGCGUCGCUCUAGCCAGUAAAUGACCUGCGACAUAACUAUUUGCAAAACAAAUGGGGAAGACCAAGAUAAAGAUAAGUUAUAUCACAGGAAAGCAAUUGAAAAUGCAAAAAUGAAGCAUCUGAAUGAAGGACUAAUAACACUGAAUUCAGCUUUUGUGAAUCUUAUCUGCAGAUAUGUACAGACUACAUCCUAAGAUUGACUUCUGCCUCAACAGAAAUACAUGAGCCAGUGCCUUAUUGGAAAUGAUUUGCGUGUUUUAAGAACUGGUGUAUAUAGAGAUUCGCUCUUUGGCUCAGGCUGGAGUGAAGUGGCGCGAUCUCGGCUCACUGCAACCUCCUCCCUCCGGGUUCAAGUGAUUCUCCUGCUUCAGCCUUUGAUGUUUCUGUGGAGAUUAGUGAUUUUCCAGGUUAAUGGAUGUCAGGUGUAAAUCCUGCUACCACUGCAGCUGGCUCUUAACUGUAAGUGCCACCUACUGGCCUGGAGGUCAGCCCACAUAGCUUAUUACAACAUGUGACACAAAUGCACCGGGCUCAGGAGUGUGAGGUAAAUCAGGGAUUUCUUCUUGGUUUGGAUCCACUGCUGGUAGGUGGCUGCAUUCGACAGGUGUUGCUCGUGACAGUUGGGGUCCUCCUCAGUGUCAGUCUCAACAUGGCUGCAACUGGAAUCCUGCUUUUUUUUUUUUUUGAGACACGGUCUCGCUCUGUCACCCAUGCUGGAGUGCAGUGGUGCAAUCACAGAUCACGGCACUGUCUAAUUCCUGGGCUCAAGUGAACCUCCUGCAUCAGCCUCCUGAGUAGCUGAGACCACAGGAUAUGAAAGAUGGCAAGUCCAGAUAGAAGUAAACGGAAGAUAUUAAAAGCCAAAAAGACAAUGCCCCUAAGUUGCCGGAAGCAAGUAGAGAUGCUGAAUAAGUCAAGGAAUGUUGAAGCGCUGAAAACAGCAAUUGGGAGUAAUGUUCCAAGCGGUAAUCAGAGUUUCAGUCCUAGUGUCAUAACUACCAAAUGUAGCCCUUCUGAAAAUGGUGCAUCCUCAUUGGACUCUAAUAAAAAUUCAAUAUCAGAGAAAAGUAAAGUAUUCUCUCAGAAUUGCAUAAAACCAGUAGAAGAAACUGUUCAUUCAGAAACAAAAUUGGAACAAGUUGUUUGUUCGUACCAAAAGCCAAGUAGAACAACAGAAUCCCCCAGCAGAGUCUUCACAGAAGAGGCAAAAGAUUCACUGAACACUUCUGAAAACGAUUCUGAGGAUCAGACAAAUGUAACAAGAUCCCUUUUUGAGCAUGAAGGGGCUUGUAGUUGCUGUCCACCCAGUGUAUUGAGUGGUGUUGUUCAGAUGCCAGAGUCUACAGUAACCAGUACCGUGGGUGAUAAGAAAACUGACCAGAUGGUUUUCCAUUUAGAAACAAACUCCAAUUCAGAAUCACAUGAUAAAAGGCAAAGUGACAACAUUUUAUGUUCAGAAGACUCAGGUUUUGUGCCUGUUGAGAAAACACCUAAUUUGGUGAAUUCAGUCACUUCUAACAACUGUGCUGAUGACAUUUUGAAAACCGAUGAGUGUAGUAGAACCAGUAUUUCAAAUUGUGAAAGUGCAGACUCAACAUGGCAGUCAUCACUUGACACUAAUAACAACAGCCAUUAUCAAAAGAAGAGGAUGUUUUCAGAAAACGAGGAAAAUGUUAAACGCAUGAAAACUUCAGAGCAAAUUAAUGAAAAUAUUUGUGUAAGUUUGGAAAGUCAAACAGCAUUCCUGGAACAGGUCAGACAUUUGAUUCAACAGGAGAUCCAUAGCAUAAAUUAUGAACUAUUUGAUAAGAAACUGAAAGAAUUGAACCAACGCAUUGGGAAGACAGAGUGCAGAAAUAAGCAUGAAGGAAUAGCUGAUAAACUUUUGGCAAAAAUAGCAAAACUUCAAAGACGUAUUAAAACAGUAUUAUUAUUUCAAAGGAAUUGUUUGAAACCAAACAUGUUAUCCAGUAAUGGAGCCUCUAAGGUUGCAAAUUCAGAGGCUAUGAUUUUGGAUAAGAAUCUUGAGUCAGUUAAUAGUCCAAUUGAAAAGCCUUCUGUGAAUUAUGAGCCUUCUAACCCUUCAGAAAAAGGAAGUAAAAAAAUUAAUUUGUCAUCAGAUCAAAAUAAGUCUGUUUCUGAAAGUAACAAUGAUGAUGUUAUGUUGAUUUCUGUGGAAAGUCCUAAUUUGACAACUCCAAUUACAUCAAAUCCAACAGAUACCAGAAAAAUUACAUCAGGAAAUUCUAGCAAUUCUCCCAAUGCUGAAGUUAUGGCUGUACAGAAGAAACUUGAUUCUGUAAUUGAUUUGACAAAAGAAGGCCUGUCCAACUGCAAUACAGAAAGUCCAGUAUCCCCCCUGGAGUCACAUUCGAAAGCUGCUUCAAACUCAAAGGAAACAACCCCAUUGGCACAAAAUGCAGUCCAGGUUCCUGAGUCCUUUGAGCACCUGCCACCUCUCCCAGAACCACCAGCACCACUACCUGAAUUAGUAGACAAAACCCGAGACACACUUCCUCCCCAGAAGCCUGAGCUCAAAGUGAAACGGGUUUUCAGACCCAAUGGCAUUGCCCUGACUUGGAAUAUAACCAAAAUCAAUCCCAAGUGCGCUCCUGUAGAAAGCUACCACCUCUUCCUGUGUCAUGAGAACUCUAAUAAUAAGUUGAUUUGGAAGAAGAUUGGAGAAAUUAAAGCUUUACCACUCCCCAUGGCCUGUACUUUAUCUCAGUUUUUAGCUUCCAACAGAUAUUAUUUUACUGUCCAAUCAAAAGAUAUUUUUGGACGAUAUGGACCAUUCUGUGAUAUAAAAUCUAUCCCUGGGUUUUCUGAAAAUCUUACCUAAAAGGUGUUUAAUAAUGAUAUACUACUUUUUUUUUCAUAUUUGUUUGUUUACAAUGUUACUGUAAUACUAUUUGCCGUUGUAAAAGGCCAGCUCAGAUUGUGAGCCCUUUCUAUUGGGACAGUCCUCUUCUAUAUGUUGUAAGUGGCCAAUAAUUUAAUGAAUUUCUGAUUUGUAUUAAAUACGUCCUUCCAAUGGAUACGUUCUAAAACAUACACUAUCACUGGCCCAUGUUGCUGAGGUGCAUUGUGAACAAUACCUUUGGUGACUGUGGAACUGCUGCUUCUAUCAGAAGACCUAGGAUACAAGCAGCCACUGUUUUCUCCGUUAACAAUCAGCUUUUAGUAACCUGCUGUGGUCAGCAUAGCUACAGGAAAAGUCAGCCCUUGACUGAGGGCCAGAUCAUCCCUGGAGUGCACCUCUACUAAGAUUUUAUGAAAAGAUGACAUGUUGGGCUGCAUGAUAAAAGUUAAUCAUAAAAAUUAAAAGAUGUUUCUUUGAGAUGAAUAUUGCUCUGUGGCCCAGGCUGGAGUACAGUGGCCACUGCAACCUCCGUCUCCCGGGUUCAAGCAAUUCUCCUCUGUCAGCCUCCCAAGUAGCCGGGACUAUAGUCACUUGCCACCAUGCCCGGCUAAUUUAUUUUUAGUAGAGAUGAGGUUUCACCUUGUUGGUCAGGCUGGUCUCAAACUCCUGACCUCAGGGGAUCCACCCGCCUCGGCCUCCCGAAGUGCUGGGAUUGUAGGCGUAAGCCACCAUGCCUGGCCAAAAAUUAAAAGAUUUUAUGAAACGAAAUGGCUUCCCAUUCUAUUCAGCUUCUAAGUGGGCUAUUCAUUUGUGCUCUCCUCUUUUUUGUUUUGUUUUGCACUUUGUCAAUCAUUUGGGGAAAUAGCCUGGAGGUCUUUCCUGAAUCUGUUUGUAGACAUAAUAAAAUUUGUGUGCUGUGUACACAAAAAUAUAAUGUAUCUUAUGAAAGCAUUACCCAACCUGUUUGAGUUGAGAAUGGAUUUGUCCACCUUUGAUUUGAGGCUUUAGUUUGCUGAUUUCCUAAAUGCUACCCUUUGAUCAUUUCCUGGCCACCAUCACAAUACUAAGGGGCUCAGAUGUGUCUUGUGCCCACCUCUUCCUGAGAAGAGAUGGAAGUGGAGCUGUGACUAGUACAAGCAGCCCAAGAAACUCUGAACAGGGCCCAGUGGAGGCAAACUUGAGCAAAUAAUUGGGAUGAUAAGAAACAAAAAUAAUCCCAACUGUUUGAAAGUUCAAAAGAGGGCAUUCUUUUCUGGUACAUGGUGAGAGUUCAGGCUCCAGAGACUCAAAACGGAAUGGUUUUCCUUGGCAUUUUGUAAAUGCUCUCACAUCUGCAGUAAUAAAGCUGUUAUUUUCUGCA